ACAAAACGCACCGUUUAAGCUCUGUAAAUAUCUGGCGCUCCAGAAUCCAGACAAAAACAAGCUGAGAAACCUCGCAAAAACCCUGCUCCUUUCUUCUUUCUUUCGGCUAGAGGCGCAAACUCUAUCUUAUGUACCGAAGAUGCUAACUUCUGUUCCCAUUUUACCGUCGAAACUCCAAUCUGUUUUCCCUUUCGGCCACCACCACUACCAUUCCAUCUCCCAUAAGCCAACACCAAUUCACCAGUUCUCUUUCCUAGUCCAAAACCAUGUCAAUCCUGUAAAUUCCCUCAAAGGCUCGGGCUAUUUAUCCUCAAUUGGCCUCGCCAUCGAGCAGGAAGAAGAGUACCGCAAGGCCCGAGCCGCAGUGACGCGAAAGGGAGUGGACCUGGAAGGCUAUUUCAUCGAAGGCGUUUCGGUUGGAGGCCAAGAAACGUGUGUGAUUAUCCCUGAAUUGAAGUGCGCGUUCGAUAUUGGCAGGUGUCCUUCACGCGCUAUCCAGCAGAAGUUUGUAUUCAUCACUCAUGCCCAUCUUGAUCACAUAGGCGGGCUGCCAAUGUAUGUAGCUAGUCGCGGGUUGUACAACUUAGAGCCUCCAAAAAUUUUUGUUCCUCCAUGCAUUAAAGAGGAUGUAGAGAAGCUGUUCGAAAUUCACAGAGCAAUGGGCAAUGUGGAACUGAAUCUUGAUUUAGUUGCUUUAGAUAUAGGUGAAACGUAUGAAUUGCGGAAUGAUAUUGUUGUUAGACCAUUUAGGACUCACCAUGUUAUACCAAGCCAGGGUUAUGUCAUAUACUCCAUCCGUAAAAAGCUGAAGAAGCAAUACUCUCAUCUGAAAGGCAAGCAAAUCGAAAAAUUGAAGAAAUCUGGUGUUGAGAUUACAGACAUUAUAUUGUCUCCAGAGGUGGCUUUUACUGGAGAUACAACAUCAGAGUAUAUGCUAGAUCCACGUAAUGCAGAUGCCUUGAGGGCAAAAAUUCUUAUAACUGAGGCAACUUUCCUUGAUGAAGGCUUUAGCAUUGACCAUGCACGGCAACAUGGUCAUACACAUUUAUUUGAGUUGCAGAUAAUUGAGAAUGCCCAGUGGAUUCGGAAUAAAGCAGUAUUGCUUACACAUUUCUCCUCACGGUACAAUAUAGAGGAUAUUCGUCAAGCUGCAUUGAUGUUACAGUCUAAGGUGUCGGCGAAAGUUGUCCCUCUAACAGAAGGUUUCAAGUCAGUAUACUCUUAGUGAUACAAAACGCCUCAUAUGGUCUUUAAUUGGCAACUGUGAGAAGCUAUAUGGUGCCGGAAGUAUAGGGGAAAAAUUGAAGAGAAAAGUAAAUUUAAUUUCAUCCUCGAUAGGAUGUUCUUUGUAGAAAUUUCCAUGUGUCUUGGUAUAUAAUUAUUGAUGGCAGAAAUCUUGAUGAGUCGCAAAAAAAUAUAAAGCCACAACUGGGGAAGGCUUGUAACUGGACACUGGAUGUCAACAUGUAAAGUCUUCGUAUGAAAUUGGUGUCCAUUUGUAGGAACUCUAAUCAUCCGUACAUUUUAGAACAUUGCUUUUCUGAA